AUGUCCUUCAUCUAUCUCAACCGCGCAACGCACGUCAUAUCUCUCGUCCCCGCUCUCUUCGGGAUCAAUCUCCUCACCCGCCCGGAAGCAACCCUCCAAUCCUUCCAAUACCCUAUCCCGACAGACCCCCAAGCUCAAAAGCUUGUCCGCGGCCUCGCACGUAUCUACGGAUGUCGAAAUCUCGUCGUCAGCUUUUUGUUCUUUAAUAUCAGCCUCACCGGGGAUAAGAAGCUUAUGAGUUUUGGGUACCUUGGGGCGCUGGCUAUGUGUGUUACUGAUGGGCUUGUGGCGAGGAAUGUUGUUGGACAUGGGGAGUGGCAGCAUUGGUCGUUUGCGCCGCUUUGUGUUGGGUUGUUGAUUGGGUUGAACUGGUGAAGUGGACUUUGUCUGCGAUUAGUCUCGUCAAACGUAGUCAGAUUGGAUGAUAGAUCUACGGCUACUGGCUAUGAAACGGCUUGCAGCAUAUUUAUAUCGUAAAGGAUAACAUUUAUACUCCUG